UACAACCGCUACAUAUCAAUUUUUGAUAAUAUAAAUCAUGACGUUACUUAAAUAACAAUAGAUGAUAAGCAUUAAAACAUAUUUGGAGUUUUACAUUUUCUGAGUUUCUGACUUUCCUAGUCUGCGUAUGCCUAGUCAAGAUGAAAUAGCUACAGCGUUAUUUUUGCUACGGUGCAAUUUGCCUUUCACUUUUUUUUAUUCUUGUUCAAACUUUUUCUUAAAAUAUAAUAGUAAACUGCUAUUUUAUACAUUGCUAAUUUUUUCUAUUACUUUAAGUUUAUAAAAAAUUAUUGCAAUGGAUAGUAAUGAUGUUAUUGAAGAAGAUCAGCUUGAACCUUCUCUACAAAACGUAAUCAGCCAGAGUAGUUUAAAAUGGAUUUUUGUUGGUGGAAAAGGAGGYGUUGGUAAAACUACUUGCAGUUGUAGUUUGGCUAUUCAAUUAGCCAAAGUUCGUGAAUCAGUACUUCUAUUAUCAACUGAUCCAGCACACAACAUAUCUGAUGCUUUUGGACAACGAUUUACUAAAGCACCUACUAAAGUCGAAGGUUUCAAUAAUUUAUUUGCUAUGGAAGUAGACCCUGAUGUUAACAGUGAAAAUGAAAAUUUACUUGGAAGUGAAGAUGAAUCUGAUACAAUGCGAUUAGGUAAAAGUAUUAUACAAGACAUUAUUGGAGCAUUUCCAGGUAUUGAUGAGUCGAUGAGUUAUGCUCAAGUGAUGAAGUAAGGGUAUACAAACAUUUAAUAUUACACCAUCCAAUAUAAUCAU